UCCCUCCCCCGGGCCGGCCGCCGGGGUUGUGGAUGCCCAGGGGCCCCGGGGCGUAGCUGGGCGCUCGCCCUCUUCCCCCUUUCCUCCUUGGCAUCCCCGGCCCCGCCAUGGGCUGCUGCAACUCCACCUCCGCAGCACAGAGCUCUAAACGAGAGUGGAAACCUCUGGAGGAUCGAAGUUGUACAGAUUUACCAUGGCUACUACUUUUCAUCCUCUUCUGCCUUGGGAUGGGAUUUAUUUGUGGCUUUUCAAUAGCAACAGGUGCAGCAGCAAGACUAGUGUCAGGAUACGACAGCUAUGGAAAUAUAUGUGGGCAGAAAAAUGCAAAAGUGGAAAGAAUACCUAACAGUGGCAUCGACCACACCCAUCGGAAGUAUGUAUUCUUUUUGGACCCAUGCAAUGUGGACUUGGUAAAACGGAAGAUCAAGUCUAUUGCUCUGUGUGUAGCAGCAUGUCCAAGCCAUGAACUGAAAACAAUGCAUGAAGUCCAGAAGUUUGCAGAAAAGAAUGGUUCUGCUUUAUGUACCUACAACUUAAAGCCAUCAGAAUAUGUUACACAUUCAAAAGCCUCUGUUUUCUGCCCCAAACUCCCGGUUCCUGAAAGUGCACCUAUUCCAUUCUUCCAUCGCUGUGCUCCUGUGAACAUUUCCUGCUAUGCCAAGUUUGCAGAGGCCCUGAUCACCUUUGUCAAUGACAAUAGUGUCUUACACAGGCUGAUUAGUGGAGUAAUGACCAGCAAAGAAAUUAUAUUGGGACUUUGCUUGUUAUCACUAGUUCUAUCCAUGAUUUUGAUGGUGAUAAUUAGGUACAUAUCCAGAGUACUUGUAUGGAUCUUAACAAUUCUGAUCAUACUGGGUUCACUUGGUGGCACAGGUGUGCUGUGGUGGCUGUAUGCUAAACAAAGAAAAUCUCCCAAAGAAACUAUUAUUCCAGAACAACUUCAAAUAGCUGAAGACAAUCUCCGGGCCCUUCUCAUCUAUGCCAUUUCAGCUACAGUAUUCACAGUGAUCUUGUUCUUGAUCAUGUUAGUAAUGCGUAAGCGUGUUGCCCUCACCAUUGCCUUGUUCCAUGUGGCUGGCAAAGUCUUCAUUCACUUGCCACUCCUUGUCUUCCAACCAUUUUGGACCUUUCUUGCUCUUCUCCUGUUUUGGAUGUACUGGAUCAUGACUCUGCUUUUUCUUGGCACUCUAGGUAGUGCUAUCCCAAAUGGUGAAUUUGUGGAAUUUGAAGUUUCUGGCCCUCUACAAUACAUGUGGUGGUACCAUGUAGUGGGACUAAUCUGGAUAAGUGAAUUCAUUCUAGCCUGUCAGCAGAUGACUGUGGCAGGGGCUGUAGUAACAUAUUAUUUUACAAGGGAUAAAAGGAAUCUGCCAUAUACUCCUAUUUUGGGGUCAGUGAACCGGCUUAUCCGCUACCAUCUUGGUACUGUGGCAAAGGGAUCUUUCAUUAUUACUUUAGUGAAAAUCCCCCGAAUGAUCCUUAUGUACAUUCAUAACCAGCUUAAAGGAAAGGAAAAUGCUUGUGCUCGAUGUAUGCUGAAAUCUUGCAUCUGCUGCCUUUGGUGUCUUGAAAAGUGCCUAAAUUAUUUAAAUCAGAAUGCAUACACAGCCACAGCUAUCAAUAGCACCAACUUCUGCACCUCAGCAAAGGAUGCCUUUGUAAUUUUAGUGGAGAAUGCUUUGAGAGUGGCUACCAUCAACACAGUGGGAGAUUUUAUGUUAUUCCUAGGCAAGAUCCUGAUAGUCUGCUGCACAGCAUUAGCAGGGAUUAUGCUGCUAAACUACCAGCAGGAUUACACAGUAUGGGUCCUGCCAUUGGUCAUUGUUUGCCUCUUUGCUUUCCUGGUCGCUCACUGUUUCCUGUCCAUAUAUGAAAUGGUUGUGGAUGUAUUGUUCUUAUGCUUUGCCAUUGAUACCAAGUAUAAUGAUGGAAGUCCUGGCAGAGAAUUCUACAUGGAUAAAGUGCUAAUGGAAUUUGUGGAGAACAGUAGAAAAUCCAUGAAAGAGGCUGGUAAGGGAGGGGCUGCCGAUUCCAGAGAGCUAAAACCGAUGGCUUCGGGAGCAAGUUCAGCUUGAAUCUAGCCGACCAUUACGGAACCCAUUGACAUUCCAAAACCAUAUAUAUACAUAUAUAUGUAUUUGUGUAUGUGUGUAUAUAUAUAUGUAUAUGUAUACAUAAUCAGCCAAAAUCAGAGAAAAGGAACAGGGAUUUAAUACUUUUUUUAAGAUUAUUUUUGUCAAACAUGUACUCCUUUCAUACGGGUGGCUUUUACAGGCAAUUUUAGUCAUUUAGUUUUUUCAAUAGUAAUUGUAUUAAUGGAAAUGUUAAGAUUCAUAUCUGAACAGGGUUUUUAAUAACUUAGAGGAGGAUUUGAUUAGUUAUUUUAAGUGGAAAUAUUAGACCAAAUUCUUUGUCCAAAAUACUAAAAUUUGUUAAUGGGGUCCAAUUCCCCAAGGUAUACAUUGUAUCCAGAGUAUUUUACUGAUCCAUAAGCCCAAAUGAAUGAGACAGACUGUUUGGGUAUAUAUAUUCCAGAUGAAUUAGACAUUAAAUCCUUGCCUUUAAAAAGCUUCUCUAUUCAAGGAAGUCAUGAUAUUGGUUGGCAUUUUACUUACAAAUGGGCCCAGAAUGGAUUCUCAUUCUAAUUCAUGGAUUUAUUAGUUACCAUUAAAAAGUAACCAGAUCCUCAGGUAUUUUUAGGUGGCCCUUAAAACUUAUAUCAAAGGGAAUAGCAAAAGGAAUAGAUAUUUUCUGAUGUAAACUUUUUCUUCUUGUAUCUCUUUUUCCUUUUCUUAUUGAUUUCAGUAGCUCCCUCUGAGCUUCUGUGCCCUGACUUAGAAGGGCAUAUGUUCCAUAAACCAACAGCUGAGCAAACUGCCAACUCUGAAAGUUGAGCAUUUAAAUUUCUGUAUCUUGAUUUUUCCAACUUAAUCAUGCUGACAGGAAGGGAAAAAAAACAGGGACAGAAAUGUACCACAGAAAAAUUACUUAAAGCUUUUGUGACUUUGAGUCAGUUCUAGGAAAUAUCCAUUGACUUCAGGAUAAAUGGCCAUUUUAUUUCAUUGUUCGUGAUCAAGUGUGUAAACUAUGUCAACCCAGCCUGGCAGGUGCUUCUCUCGAUGAAAAUCAUGGAGUAUCCAGUGAUACAGUGACUACAAAAGAACUGGUUCAUGUUUCAUUUUUCAAAUGUUAAAAGUUUCUUUGGUUUUAUUUCAACUUUUAAAGCUUACCAGAUAUGAAUGGCUAAUAUUCCAUUGUUCUGCUUGUUGUAAUGGUGAAUGCUUUAAAACAAAGUGUAUUUGCUAAGAAUAAUUCAUGAUCUCUUUAUGCGAAAACUCCUUUUUGUUACAAUUUUUUUAAAAAAGCUAUUUUUGUUAAUGUAAAGCAAAUAUUUCAGAGCAAAAUUUUUAAACUUAUUGCACUAAAUACAGGCUCUGUAAGAAAAAUAACGCCUCAGCAUUUUAUCAUUCCAUAGAAAGAGAAUCUUUUGAAAGAAAGCAUGCCUUCCUAUCAAGCUUAGACAAUGGAUUAGAGUGAUGUGUAUGAAUGUAUGUACUGUUAAUGUCACCAGGACUUCAUAAGCAGCUGUUUGCUAAUGUGCUUCCUUUCAAAGGAUUGGACCUUUAAAUUGCUACAGAAGGUAAAUUGUAUUUUUUCUUUUAGUGAAAUUGUGCUCUUUACUCAAGGUAAACCAGCCAAUGCCUUGAUUUUCUUUUUUAAAGCUUACAUAAUAUUUCUGAUUUUUUCAGAAUCUUAGCAAUAAGAGUCUGAAUUUUAAAAAUACGAUUUAGAGCUCACAUCUUGAAAAAGAGCAGGGGAAGCUAACUUUGUGAGAAUAACUCUUUGAAGUCAUUUAUUCUCCAGAAGUUAACUUUCAUCAUUUAAAUGGUAUCAUUCUUUUCUAUAUGCAAUAUGGGAUAGUGGAGAAAGCACUAGAUUUAAAAAUCACUGGACCCGGGUUCAAAUCCUAGCUCAACUACAGAUGACUUAUGUGACUUUAGACAGGUCAUUUAGCCUCCCUGGGCCUCAAUUACCUCUGCUAUAAAAUGAAGACAUAUGAACUAGAUUAUUUCUAAGAUUCCUUCCUGUUUUAAAUUCUAUAACCCAAUCAUUUGAAAUGGCAAGAAUAUAAUCAUGGAACUAUUUGAAUUCUAGUUCAGAAUGAUGCAAGGAAAAAUCAAUAUUCUAUUGGAAUGCAGAGUGACAUCAGCUCCAUAGCAGUCCUAGAUUUUUGACAAUUCAGGAAUAUUGGCAACCAAAUUAGGGAUUGGAAUUAAAGUACAGAAGACUGAAUACCAAAACUGAAGUGAUUACAAGUUAUAAGCAUUUCAGGGGCUAUCAAUGCCCCGACUCCCGCCCCAAAUGGUCUGAUGGAAGUCCAGGAUUUAGAAGUCUUAGGUUCUACUCACUUGGACAGUCUGACAUUAUGGAUUCUUGCUGCUCCCUGUUCCAUAUGCUUGCAACCUCUGCUGUUUGGAAGCCACCAGAAAUGCUUUCUUAAUAUCAUUUGCAACUAGAACUGUAAUCAGAAAGAAAAUUUUGUAUUUUUGUAUAACUUGACUGUGUGCCAUUUUAUAUAAUAACAGGCCCUGUUUUACAAAUAAAUUUCGUUUUACUAACACUGUGUUUAGAGAUUAUGGUCAGCACUUUUCUAUGGUUAAAUGUAAUGUUGGAGUCAGAAAUUAAUACCAAGGUAGUCGCCCUUAAUAAAGCAGUGUGUAAAUUUGUGUGCAUAUAUAGAAUAUAUAUGUAUGUUUAUAUAUAUAUUUUUAUAUAUAGGUCCAAAUAUAUAUGUAUAUAUCACACAGUCACACACACACACAAACACACACACAGAUAUAAUUAAAUUACUAGUUUCUUUUCCACCACCAUACCAGUUUCAUUUUUUUUUUUGCCUAAUCAGAACAAAGCCUCGUGUGACUCUUCCUAGCAAUAUACAAAUGUUUUUAGUUGAUGCUUUGAAUAAAAUAACUGCUGUCUCUCAUUCAUCACAAAUCAUCCCACAACUAAUAUAGGUUGCCUUCUUGCUGUCCACCUAUUGCCUCCAUCUCUUGACCAAGUGAGAAGAAUAAGAUAAAUUGGAUUUUUUAAUUGUUUUUGAAUUAUGGUUUCCUGAGCAGUUUGAGCUACCACAUGCUUGAGACAAUAACUUUUGUCUGCCUGUAAAAUGCAAUUUCAGAGCUCCUUCCAUGAUGGGCCUUUUUGGAGGGAAAUUCUCAUAAUACGGCCAGUGUUGUAAAGAAAUUCUGCCAGUGUUAGAGAAUGGACACCAUUUCUGCCAAGUUAUCACCCAGGCUCUAAUGUGAGAUUAUAAUGUUCCAGGUUCAUUGCCCUGCUUCUAGGGAGAGAAGAUGCUACUGAAAUCAUUUCAGAUAAAAGAAACUGAAGGAAGGAAAAGGAUCUGCCUUGUAAGGUAGCCCAAGCAUUUAGGUUUACCAACCCUUGCUAUAGAGUGGACAGAAUUAGAAGCAGAUUGUUUCUCUAAACAAUUCAGUUCAUUUUAAAGAGACUCGGUUUAAGGCUUUGAUCUUGCUCUUAGCAUGAUCAAAUUUGGAGUCCCUCAAGCUUAAGUGGCCUAAAUGGGAAUUAUUCCUUACAGUUAAGUUUGUUUUUCCACUGUCUGAGCUGAAUGAAACUCAUAGGAGCUUUCUACUACUCCCAUCUCAAUUUUCCUUACAAGAAAAAAUAUACUAGAAAUAAGUGAUUCAUUUAUGGGAAAGCUCUCAUUUUUUUUUUCAGCAAAGGGGCAUCAAGUUGCUGAGUAUAAGCUCUCCUCUGCCCCUCUGAUCUCAGCAUAUGCCAUAGGCAUCCUUGCCUUCCCAGGGCAGUGAUUCAGGAUCUCACCCGAAGGUGGGAUUGGUGAGGAUUUAAAACCCUUCCUUUGCCUGAGCUACUUUAUCUCCAGAAUGAUACCACUCCCUCUUCCUCAAAGCAGCUUCCUUUACUGUACUCACCACACAUAUGCAAGGGCAUGUCACCACCUCCUAGACUUCAGCCUUUGUUCCACAACUAGCCACUCAAGUUCAUGAUCAAAAUAGCCCAAGGUGCAUUCCUGCUUGGAAAAUAUAUUUCUGAGGUCGGUUCCAAACCUAGGUUGGAUAGUGACUUUAUUUUAUUCUAUUUUGGAGAGUACUAUGGGGUACAAGGCUUUUGACAUCUAGGAUGGGCCUUUAAUAAGAGAAUCAGGAGGUUUUCCUUGACCAUUUUGACCAAGAUGAUAAUCAGAAUGCUAAAAAUAUAUACAUAUAUAUACAUAUAUAUUAAAAACACCUUCUGCAGUUGCCCCCUUGCUUACUCUUAUCUUUAUUUUUAGAGCCCUUUCUGUAGGGACAGGAACCAACAGUCUCAGAUUGCAAGACUCCUGAUUGAAAUAGUCUUUGUCCAAAAGGGCUCAAGAUUCACCCGUGAAUAAGCCUCUGCUCUCCAACUGCUAGUUCUCCCCUGCUCUUAGUGGUCCCCAUUGUCCUUUUUCAGUCUGUUCCCAGUAGGGCAUGUCAGGCAGAAAAACCUUAGACUCUGAUAUCUUGUCAAUAUGCCUGUUGCAGUUAAUUUGUGGAUUCGUUUUUUAUGUUCACACCGAGAAACAACAGUGCACUCUUAUGACUCGCUGGGAGUUGUUGAGAUGUGUUCUGUGAAUGUUUAUUGGCAUAUUGUGGAUUCAUAAUACUGAAUGUGUAUGGCAGAGGUUUGUUAGUUAUGUUUUCACAGCAUAAAAUGCCUUUUGCAUUGAAUGCAUAUGAAUGUAUUUUUAUGUAUUUAAAGAAUGCAUGUUAAUCCUUUCAGAAGUAGGUACUAUUCAUAUACAGUCACUGAUUUUUGAAUCAACCAAUUCUUGUUUAACAGGACCGAGCCCACAUUUUGAAAAAGCAGCUUGGUGUGGGGUUCAUUUUACAAAUGGAAUCUUAAUGAGUGUGCCAAAAGAAACUGUAAAACUAGCAAACUUGGGGGAGGAGGGGCCAAAACAUGUUGUAUACUCUUAAGACUUUAAAAAGUAAAAAAAAGUAGCAGGUUUCUGGGCCAAAUUGUGACACUUCAGUGUUUCACCAAGAGGGAAAUUUAAAACUCAGAUUUUAAUCUUUGAAAAUAGCCCAUAUCUUAUAGAAAAUGUCAGUGAAAGUUUUUUAAAACUAAGUGGGAAAUUGUUCUUUUCUAAAGAAUCUCUAUAUGUCCCCCUUUCUGCCUACACCUGAGGUUUUUAAUAUUUAAAAAAACAAAAAAACUAUCCAGAGCUUUUAUGGCAUGAACAAUGGCUACUUUUUGUAAGCUUCAUGGAAAGGAUUUCAAUUUGACAUUUUCUAUGCUAUUUCAUUAGUAAAGAUAACAAAUAGCCAAUUUAAAAAAGGCACCCAAAGGUUUGGCUGACUUUCCCCUACUAUUUUCAUACACAAUUUUAGCAGAUAAUAUUUCCUAAAGGGUAAACUACUCUGACCAGGGCCUCAACUAAACUUUUAAGAGAAAGUGUCCAAGUUCACAGGACCUAACCAGGAUCUGUAGGCAGAUGAAAGCAUUAUCGUUUGAAAAUGUUUCAGUUGUUUUUCAUCUUUACCUGAUCAGACCUAAAGUCAACGUUUCAUUUUCUAGCAGACUUUUUGGCAGCUUUUCCUCAAAAAUUCACCAAUAAGGCACCACUUAUAACCCUUACCAGUUCGCCUGUUUUUAAAUUUACCUGAUGAAGUUUAGAAGCCAGGCCCUUUUCUGGAGUCAUUCUUCUCUGUUCACUAUUUCCCAGCUAACUUCCUGCCAGCCUCGGGAAUGCAGUCAUCAUAGAUUUCAACAAUAAAUAUCUUGUGAGCCACACACGAAGGUUAGUUCUGUUUGUUUUGAACUAUUAAGACUUUCUUUGGUCACUUUAGAUGGUUGGUAGAAGAAUACAAAUAGUGUAAUAGUGGUUACUGGCCUUAACGGAAAAAAAUCUGAGGACAAGUAGUCCUAAUCCAUAUUACUAAAGUCCUUAUUGUAGCUUAACCUACCAGCAUACCUUCUCUGACUUCAUUUUAAUUGGUGUAUGAGAGGCUACCUAGAGAUCUUAUCCCAUGUCCACAGUGUAUUAGUCUCUUUCCCCCUUAAACUGGCAUCUGAUCAAUUCAGGAUGAGAACCAACUAGCAAACAAAUUUAGUGAAGAAAACAUUAAGUGAUCAUAUGUGCUGGGGGAAGCAACUAAAGACAACAAGUUUUCCUACUUCAGUUUUCCUGCUUUAAUAAGUAUUUCUACUGUUUCUACACCUACCUCAGAGGAACCUCUCUAAGUAAAUUACUUCAUAACAGUUCUGGGCCUUCACCAUGGAGGGCCAUUUUGUCUGAUAAAGUGGGCAAAAAUCCCCCAAAAUUUUAUAGUUCUUUUAAGAGGUCCCUCGGAUCAAAAUUUGAACUUGGACAUGAGCUGUACUAAUCCAAUAUAGCAUCUUAAGGAGAAACAAAGUAGGAAGAAUCUGGGAUUUUCUUACCUAUCAAUAAUCUCUGGUCAGGCUACCCCAGGAAUACCAACCAAUGAGAUCUUUUCAAAUUAGUCUAUGCAGAGGCAGGUAUUGUCAUCCCCUGUACUAAAAAAACUUGCCAUACAGACUAUCAAGAAGGGCCAGAGCCCGAGAAUUGGUUCCUGAAUCUAAAAAUGCAGUUGUCGCUGAAAUUUGUGGCAUGAGGCAUGUUCUGCUCAUAAGCUAAGGCAGUGCUAUUUGCCCAGUGUUAGAAAGGAGGGGUCCAUUCUAAGCUGUCUUUUUAGGGAUGUGAAUGAAUUUGUGUUGAUUCAUCCACAUUUACGGACCCAGUUGGUCCCAUUCAUUUCUUUAUUCAAUGUGUGUGUGUGUGCAUGUGUGUGCUUACUUGUUUGCUUCAGUGCAUUAGCAAAAAGGUGGAGGAAAGAAUCCUUCAUUUUCAUAACUUUUGAAAAUCUAGAUCAUGGGAACCAAACCUCUGCAGACACUGCAGAGUCAUACAAGCCACUUUCCCUAUUCUGAGACAAAUAGGAUGGGCACUAACUCAUUCCAGGUGCUAUUCUCUAGAUGACAAUUUUAUCAUUUACUUAUAGGUACAAUAUAACUUUUUCCUAUUGGGGGUCUUGGUGAACCAAGGGAAGGUCCUUUGAUUUUCUUUAAGAUUCUAUUAGACAAAUUCCAUAACAAUGUGAUGCUAUAAAUAUAUAGGGGACAACGUCUAGGGUUAAUAUUUUGAGAUUAAAAAUAUUAAUUAAUGUGACCUUCACAUCAUACAACUUUUUUUCACCAAGUGUUAGAGAAACCUCUGUACGUCUGUCGUUCCCUCCUCUACCCCUUACCUUGAUAUUCGGAAUGCGCUUUAAUCCCUAUUCCUUAUAUCGAGCCAUUUAUUUGAUGCUCUGCUGUCAAAAUAAGUCAUUAUUGGAAGGGAGGUAAUUGCAAAUCUGUGUCUCUUUUCUUUAUGUAACUGGUAAAAUCAUGAAAUUCAGGCUCUAUUUUGAGGUUUUCUCCCUGCUAUAUAGGUUUCAUAAGAAAAUUUUUCACUCAAACUCAGAACAUCUUCUUGGCUUAUCAAAUACAGGCACAACUAUAUGCCAUUUGGAGUGUCUUUACGGUGGCUAAACUGAUUGAUUGGGCAAUAGCCUUUUAGCAAAGAAUGUUUUCCUUUAAAUUUAAAAAGAUUAAAAAAGAUUGUGAAAGGGAAAAUCCCUGCCAAAGAAACAAGGUUACUCUGGAAAAUCACCAGAUGAUUGUGUUCAAUCCAAUAAUAACAAAAAGGGAAAGUGAAAAGGAGUUUCUGGGGUCUUUCAGGGCACCUUGAGUUUGGAAAAGGGCUUCCCAAAGAAGCAGUGGGUCAUUUAACCACUGGAGAGCAUAUUUGCAGAGAAGAAAAAACCCCAUGGCAGUGUUGUUCCACCAAAGCACUCUAUGAUGUUUCCUGUGAUUUCUCACUGCUGUGAAGUAGCCAUAGGAAAUGUGUUUGCUGCCCUGUGAUUCUGCUCAGUUUAAAAGAGGCAGCCUAGCCUAGGGGAAAAGAGCACUGGACUUAAAAGUCAGUGUUCAAAUCUUGCCUAUGGUACUUAUUUUGCUGGGUGACUGUGGGCAAGUCACUUCUCAACCUCAGUUUUCCUCAUCUGUAAAAUGAGGAUAAAAUCUUCAGUACCUACCUCACAGGGUUGUUGUGAGGAUCAAGUGAGAUAAUGUAUGUAAAGCGCUUUGCAAACCUUAGAGCGCUAUAUAAAUAGUGGUCAUUAUUAAUAACUUGAAAAACAAGUAGAUAUGUCUUAUGGACUCAAGUCUGAACCAUUUCAUAUCCUAAAAAUGACUUUGUGCAUCAGGUCCUGUCUCUCUCUCUCUCUGAUGGACUUGGAUAAGAUGGUUUGAGCCCUAUUCAAAUAAUAUAGUUUGGUAUCUUUAUUAAUUUAGUAGUUUGGGAGUAUUACUGACUACAGCUUAACUGUAUGGUAUUGGCCCAGUGGGGAAGUCAGCAUACAAUCAGAAAUGCCCCCACCGAAGGAGCUGUAGCUUACGUAUUUCUGGGUAUUGUUGCUGACCCAAAUACAAACUUUUCAGAUGGAGCACCCAUGCUUCCAACGGACUUUAAAAAUCUGUUCAUUAAGCAAUUAACUUUGAGGAGUUAUAGAAUCUUGCAGGUAAACUUGCUGCCAAGAGCUCUGACUUGGAUGGAAUUCCAUCUGGCUUGAGAGAGAAACACGAUAACGUGAUGGAGAAUCUGAAAUGUUUUGUUGUGCAAAACUAUAAAUGGGGGACGGGGAAUAAAAGCAGUGCUGAUCUAAUGAUAGGUGGUCUGUGUAUACUGACUCAGUUUCCAGAAUUCUAAUGCAAACUGUAUUUUAGUCUAACAAAUGUAUAAAAUUUUUUAUGUAACAAAUAAAAUUUUAUAGGAAAGCGUG